AUGGCGCUCUAUGAGCUGUUCUCCCACCCGACGGAGCGCAGGUACCGCGCGGGGCUGUGUUCCAAGGCCGCCUUCUUCCUACUGGUGAUCACCGGCCUCACUUAUAUCCCGCCGCUGCUCGUGGCCUUCCGGAGUCAUGGUUUUUGGCUGAAGCAGAGUAGCUAUGAGGAGCAGCCAGCUGUCCAUUUCAAACAUGAGGUGCUGUUUGUGGCUUUGUUGGGCUCCACUCCUGGGAGAUACCUAUCCUGGAGCACAUUUCCUACUUUUAACCAAUUACAAGGGCAAAAUCUUCGGAUUCCACUGGUAACAACCAGAGAAGAAGACAGGAACCAGGAUGGGAAAAUGGACGUCUUAUAUUUUAAAUUGGCACUUCCGCUGAAGGCUACAGAGGAAGUCAUCGGGGUCCAGCUCAUUCUGACUUUUUCUUACCAACUGAGUAAGAUGUCAAUCUUCGUGAUGCAGUGCAUGGCUCUUCUCCAGUCCUCCUUCCCCAUCCCAGGUGCCCAGCUGCAUGUGAACGGAGAACUGAAGCUGCAGCAGAAGCAUCCCUUGAAGUAUCGCGGCCUGGAUAACAGAUACAACGUAUCUGUGAUCAAUGGGACAAGCCUUUUCGCAGAAGACUUCGACAUUACAAAAAUUGCUGCUGCUUACAAGGAAAGGAAUGUAACUACGGUCUUGUAUGAUCCUAGUCCUAUUUGGCUGGUGGGAAGACCUUCAGAAGCACCAUUUGUCGUGGAUGUGGUCCUUCGAUACCCCUGGGAGGUCAUUUGCUAUCAACCUGGUUUCUGGGAAAUAAUGAAGAUGGCCUGGAUCCAGUAUGUCAGUAUUCUGCUUAUCUUCCUGUGGGUAUUUAAAAAAAUCAAGAUCUUUGUGUUUCAGAAUCAAGUGGUGACCACAAUCCCGGUGAUAGCACAGCCCUUGGGGGAAAAUUUCAAGGAGCACUUAUCUUAA